AUGACAGGAAUCAAGAAGUUCUACUUGUGCUGUGCCUCCCGCGAUGACCGCUUAUUCAUCGUUGAGAUACACACAGGCUUCAGCAGAAAACCGCCUCUUGGUUCACGACCUGGAAUACUGCUGCGCAAUGGGACCGAUUCCAAGGAUCCCAUCAUCGCAGCUGCCGGCGACGAAUCGCAAUUCGCCGCUCGAGCCUACGCCUUCAACUCCACCACCAACAUCUUCCUGCCGCCAUUGGAGCCCCGCGCAAGCGUCCUCGACAUGGACACCGAGAGUAUGCGCGCCUCAGUAUCAGCGGAAAAGGUGGCGUUUCUGUUUUCCAUUGAGGUUGGUGAGAAGCAGCAACGCGAACGUUUCGAGUGGACAAAAUUGAAGAAAGGGGAAGACCAUGAGGCAAAGUCGGGUGGCUUCAGACUUGCGCAGGUCUCCAAAAGACACGGUAAGCCGCAGAUGAGCUCCGAAGCUGCUUCUGAAUCUGUCGAAGAGGGGCCUUCGUCUUCUCCGGAGGAACCUGUGAACCACGGGUCUCUUACGCUGCCAUCGUGGUCCUCGGGCCUGUCCAAGAUGACUCACCGACUUUUGCCACGAUUGCAGACUAGUGCCUCGUCCAUGGGAAAUUGUUGGGCGUUCAUGGUCGUCAUAACUGCUUUGAGGCUUUGGGAGAUGAACGUGCAAGGAAGGAAAAGUAAGGUUGGAGUAUUGGUUGAAGGAAAGAUAGAGGAGGUUGAAAAGACCAGACUCGCUAGCUGA